CCUAAAAUUCACAAGUAUUAGGAAAGAAAGUACAAGAAAUCCAUUCAACCAUGCUUGGUUCUACUCCUUGUAAUUCCCUUCUCAUCACUCCCAUUUUCACAACAUUACUAAUUAUCCUUCUUUAUCCAUCAAAUGCUCAAUUGAGUUCAACCUUCUACUCCAGCACCUGCCCCAGUGUGUCCUCCAUCGUUAGAAGUGUUGUUCAGCAGGCUCUGCAAUCUGAUUCUCGCAUUGGCGCGAGCCUAACUCGUCUUCAUUUUCAUGAUUGCUUUGUUAAUGGAUGUGAUGGAUCAAUUUUGUUGGAUCAGGGUGUCAACAUAACACUGAGCGAGAAAAAUGCUACUCCCAACAAUAACUCCGCUCGUGGCUUUGAUGUAGUUGAUAACAUCAAGACCUCUGUUGAGAAUUCAUGCCCUGGUGUUGUAUCUUGUGCUGAUAUUCUUGCCCUCGCUGCUCAAGCUUCUGUGGCUUUGGCAGGUGGUCCUUCAUGGAACGUACUAGUUGGAAGAAGGGAUGGUGUGAUGGCAAACCAAUCUGGUGCCAACGCCUCCAUUCCCACUCCAUUUGAAAGCCUAGCUAUCAUCUCAGCCAAAUUUGCUGCUGUUGGCCUAAACAUAACUGAUCUUGUCGCCCUAUCCGGUGCACAUACAUUUGGCCGUGCACAAUGUCGAUUCUUCAACCAGAGGCUGUUCAACUUCAGUGGCACCGGCAGCCCUGACCCGACGCUGAGCUCAACCUAUCUAGCCACCCUGCAGCAAAACUGUCCACAAAAUGGAAGUGGAACCACUUUGAACAACCUUGACCCUUCAUCCGCCGAUGCUUUUGACAACAACUACUUCAAAAAUCUGCUCAACAAUAAGGGUCUUCUUCAAUCAGAUCAAGAACUGUUCUCCACUAAUGGCUCUGCUACAAUCUCCAUUGUAAACAACUUUGCUACCAACCAAACUGCAUUCUUCGAAGCCUUUGCUCAGUCCAUGAUCAACAUGGGUAAUGUUAGCCCAUUGACAGGGAAUCAGGGAGAAAUCAGAUCCAAUUGUAGGAAAGUCAAUGGAAGUUAAUUGAAAAAGGAGGAUCAAUUAACAUGAAGCACAAGCAUUUCUUGUUUAAAGUAAUCAAGUUAUCAAACUAUAGCUUUGUAUUAUUUGAUAUAUUUGUGUGAUCAUGGUAUAUAUGAAGUCAAAAUUGUUUUAUAUAAAUAUAUAUGCCUAGCUCAUCUUGUAUCUCGAACACUGUUUGAUUCGUUCCUUGCAUGCAGGGAUCUUAUUAUGUGUUGCUAAAUAAAAUUUUGACAUAAAUAUUCAUUUGGGCAUAA